AUGUCUGUCAAACGAGUCCUGGUCAUUGCAGGAUCUGAUAGCUCAGGAGGCGCUGGCCUCGAGGCUGACCAGAGGGUCCUUGCAGCUCACGGCUGCUAUGCUCUCACGGCCACAACCGGACUGACGGCACAAAACACCCUAGGUGUGCAGGACAUCUUUGUCGUGCCAUCUGAAUUUGUGCGAAAGCAGAUCAAUGCUGGUCUGGAAGAUGUUGGAGCGGACGUGGUGAAAUUGGGCAUGCUUUCUUCUGCCGAGACCAUCGAUGUCAUCGCAGAGACAUUGCAAUAUCAUAAAGUCCCCACUAUCGUGCUUGAUCCGGUAAUGGUUUCUACCAGUGGAUCACAGUUAUUGCCCGAAAAGGCUGUCAAGGAAGUGCGAACAAAGUUGCUUCCUCUCACCACCAUCCUGACCCCAAACAUCCCAGAGGCCCAGCUGCUAUUGAAAGAUGCUGGGGCCGAGGCUUCCGAACCAACGAACCUUGAUGAAAUGAUUGAACUUGCCAAAAAGAUUUGCUCCUUGGGUCCUAAAGCUGUCCUGCUCAAGGGAGGACAUCUGCCAUUGACGAAAGAUUAUAAGAUCUGCCAAGACUCGAAGGAGGCAACUACUGUCGUUGAUAUUCUCUUCGAUGGAAAGACAGCCACCUUGUUCGAGACCGACUUUUUGGUAACUAAAAACACGCAUGGCACAGGCUGCUCACUCGCCUCUGCGAUUGCAGCAAAUCUGGCGUCCGGAAAAGAUAUGAUUAGAUCCGUUCGCAGUGCUGUGCGAUUUGUUGAGAUUGGCAUCAAGACAAGCACCGAUUUGGGCAAGGGAAGUGGACCAAUCAAUCAUUUCCACUCUACCUACACUAUGCCAUUUGCGCCUGGUCGGUUCAUUGAGUACAUUUUGGAUCGACCAGAUGUGCAGCGCGCGUGGCAGGACUUUACUCACCAUGACUUUGUCAAGGGUAUGGGCCAAGGUACCCUUCCCCUGGACCACUUCAAGGGGUACCUUGUGCAGGACUACCUCUAUCUGGUUCAAUUUGCUCGGAGCAAUGCACUUGCAUCAUACAAGGCCAAGACCAUGGAUUCAAUUGCGGCAUCCGCCCAGAUUGUCCUUCAUAUCCAAAGGGAGAUGGCACUGCAUAUUGACUAUUGUGCCUCUUUUGGCCUUUCCAAGCAAGAAAUGGAGGAUACGCCUGAAACCAUCGCAUGCACGGCAUACAGUCGAUACAUUCUAGAUGUCGGCCAAUCUGAAGACUGGCUAGCUCUUCAAAUGGCGCUCGCUCCGUGCUUAAUUGGAUACGGUGCCAUCGCUAGGCGAUUGCAUACUGAUAAGGAGAAUUUACGCCAGGGCAACAAAUAUUGGAAGUGGAUUGAGAACUAUGUCGCCGAUGAUUAUACAGAGGCUGUACAGCUGGGUUCCGCAUUGCUGGAAAAGCACAUGCAAUCGGUCUCCCCAAGUCGCAUGGAGGAACUUAUCAAGAUCUUUAUUCGGGCUACAGAGCUGGAAAUUCGAUUCUGGGAUAUGGGACUGGAAGGGAGCAGGCAGUAG